AGGGCUCUUGGAAUUCCCUCUCUCUGUGCUGGCUGGAAAAGGAAAGUGAGACCCAGGGGUGAGGUGCAGAGGUGAGGCCAAAGUUCCUUCCCUGCUGCUACCCCCGUCUCUGUGGAGCCACUGUCAGCUGUCACCAUAGGGUGUGUGACUUUGCUGCAGGGUGGGAGGGGAGAGCCAGGAGGCAGUGAGGCCGCAGCGGGAGUGGAGACUGAGUCUGAGAGGGAGCUCUGGAGUCAGACAGCCUGGCACGCUGUGGACCCAUGGGCUUGGCUGCUUUAUGGAGCUGCUGGUGGACAGGAGUCCUGCUCUCAGCCUCACUGUUGACCAUAUGGAAUCUCCCAGCCGAAGCUCAGCUUGCCCUCCAGGCCGGCCCACCUAACACCCAAAAAUUGCUGGCCAAGCCCACCAUUUCAACCAGCCAGGGUAUUGUCAUAGAGCACAGGGGAGUGGUGACCUUCCGCUGUUACACUGUGAACAUCAAUGUCUCUAUCCACUGGGUCUCCAACAAUAUCCCCCUUGUGUUAAAUGAGCGCAUGCAGCUGUCUGCAGAUGGCAAGAGCCUCACCAUCUUCACUGUCCAGCGAGAGGAUGCAGGGAUUUACCAAUGUGAAGUCUGGGGUGCCUCUGAGGUCCAGAGCAGUGACAUCACCCUUCUGGAGGUGUACUAUGGUCCUGACCCUGUUGAGAUCAAGGUGGAUUCAGGCAUCCUCAGGGGGGGCGUAGUUGAGGUGACAAAGGGCUCCACUGUGAACUUCCAGGCGGAAACACAGAGUUACCCUGCUGCCACCUAUACCUGGUACCUCCCCAAUGACUCUAUCCUGCCUCCUACCACAAGAACACUUACCAUCCCUGCAGUGUCUGGGAAAGAUGAGGGCAUCUACAGGUGCCUGGUGUUCAACAGUGCCACCCACAUGUCCCACCUGGGCGCUCUUAAAGUCCUCGUCCUUGCGUCCCAGCAAAGUCUGGCCAAGCCUUGCGUGGUGUCCCCAAGCAUGGAUUUCGUGGAGAACACCAGCUCCGUGGCCCUGACCUGCCAGUCCACCUAUGAGGGGAUCAGCGUCCGCUGGUUCCGGGAGGGUCGGGCCCUCCUGCCCAGUGAGCGCCUGGUGCUGUCAACGGACAACAGAACCCUGGUCAUCCAUAGUCUCCAGCGGGAUGACACAGGCCCUUACCAGUGUGAGAUCUGGACCUGGGACAGAGAAGCAUGGAGCGACCCCCUCUGGCUGACCAUCAACUACGGCCCAGACCGAGUGGACAUCACCAGGGACACGGUGUCAGUGGUGCUCAGCACCGUGGAGGUGAAGCUCGACUCCAACCUGACCCUGCAGUGUUGGGCUGAGUCCCAGCCGGGCGCCCAGUACUGCUGGAGCUGUGAGCACCUGGGUGGGGAGUACACGGGGGGACAGCUGGUCAUCACCGCCGUGACCUGGGCGCACCAGGGCGCCUGCAGCUGCACAGCCUCCAACCCUCUGACCGGCCUGGCCCGCUCAGCCUCCAUCCUGGUCCACGUGGUGGGUUCCCAGUCACCCUCCCUGUCUGCGGGAACCAUCGCUGGCAUCGUCACUGGAGUCCUGAGUGUCAUUGCUCUGGUGGCAGGACUGGGCUAUUACAGCAGAAAGGCCGGAUGGCUCUCAAAGAUAUUAGGAGAUGAUCCCGUGUCCAAGGCCUCACAACCUACUUCCGGGAGGAAGCACUCUACAGAGCCCAGCGCAGACAAGCCGAGGCCUUUGAGUUUCAGAAUACCUGAGAUCCAGGAACACACCAGAGUCAAUCAGAUGUUCUGGUCAGCACCCCCACAGCACUUCUAUGAGACGAAACUACCUCCAGCAAUCCCAGGAGGCUUUGCUCUCAGACCCAGGAAUCCACAGUCCAAACUUCCAGAGCUUCCAGUGGGCCCCUUUCUACCAGAAAAAAACAGGGAGUCAAACUACCAGACACUCAUACAUCCAGAUGAUGACAUUUACUGCCAAAUAGGCUCCAAAGCCUAACAGAAGCAGAGAUCCUUUCUCCAGAAGUUCUAGAGAAACCAUGCUACAUCACGAUGUAUUUAAUGACAUUUAUUGAAUGCAUACUAUAAUCCAA